AUGAAGUUCCUUACAGGCCUCCUACUCGCCGCUACGGCAGUGCAAGCCCAUUACACGUUCCCAAGACUUGUCAUUAAUGGCAAGUCCGAGGAAGCGGAUUGGUGGGCUACACGUCGCACAAAGAAUGCCGACAGCAAGACGGGGGUUGAGUCGGCCGCAAGCGGUGAUAUUCGCUGUUACUCUUCUCAAACUGCUUCCAACAUCGCUACCGUUCCGGCUGGAGCAACUAUCCACUACAUCUCGACCCAGCAAGUCAACCAUCCAGGUCCUACUCAGUACUAUCUUGCCAAGGUUCCUGAAGGAAAGAGUGCAUCCAACUGGGAUGGCUCUGGAAAUGUUUGGUUCAAGAUUCACACCACAACUCCUACUAUGGACAGCAACAAGCAACUCACUUGGCCCGCACAGAAUACGUACGUUUUGACGAACGCCACUAUCCCCGCUGCUACCCCUGAUGGUGAAUACCUCCUUCGCGUGGAGCAAAUUGCCCUUCAUCUAGCCAACCGACCCAACGGAGCUCAGUUUUACCUUGCCUGCACCCAGAUCAAGAUAACUGGUGGAGGUAACGGUACGCCUGGACCCCUCGUCGCAUUUCCAGGUGCAUAUAGUGCCAAUGACCCGGGUAUUCUCGUCAAUCUUGGUGCCAUUACCGCCGACUCUUACGUUCCUCCUGGACCUGCUGUAUGGAGUGGUUAG